AACCCGAUUCGAAGCCCAGCCAAAAACCAGGUUUAAAACCGGGGCCUAAACCAGGCCCAAAAACUGUUCUAAAACCAGGGCCUAAACCGGGUCCAAAACCAGGACCAAAACCUGGUUCAAAACCAAAUGAAGGAGCACCCCGUGGUCGUCCCAGGGGUACGGGCUCUAAGUCGAAGUUGGCAGAACAGGAAGGUCCCAUUCCACUCAUAACAGGGGGUCCAGGAAGAGGCCAGAAGAGCUUGAGCAUCAACAGUCAGCAAGGUGAUGGGAAACAGGAAGUGAAAGCUCCAAGCAAGGACGGAAAGAACAUGGUCCUGAGAUCCAGGAAGCCCCCCCAGGAUAAGCUUCCAAAGGAAAAAGAGAAGGCGCAAUCUGAGGGAAUCCUGACUCAAACCCUGACAGGUAUAACAAAGUCCAAUGCAGUGUUACAAAAUGAGGAACGUAUGAGCAUAGAGCCAGCAAUCCCUGUCUUCCCUAACCAGACAGACACAAGUAUAACAGACACCAGUGUAACAGACUCUAGUAAACCAGACACCAGUGUAACAGACACCAGUAAACCAGACACCAGUGUAACAGACACCAGUAAACCAGACACCAGUGUAACAGACACCAGUGUAACAGACACCAGUGUAACAGACACCAGAGUAACAGACCCCAGUAAAACCAACACCAGUAUAACAGACACCAGUAAACCAGACACCAGUGUAACAGACACCAGUAAACCAGACACCAGUGAAACCGACACCAUUGCAACAGACGUCAGUGUAACAGACACCAGAGUAACAGACACUAGUGUAUCAGACCCCAAUGUAACAGACACCAGUGUAACAGACACCAGCGUAACAGACACCAGCAUAAAAGACAACAGUGUAACAAACAACAGUGUAACAGACAUUAGUAUACCUGUCGCUCCACCUGAGAAACCUAAAGAACCGACUGUAGCUGUACCUCUUGAAACUGCACCUGUACCUCCACUCAAAAGAAAACCCAGUCCUCUGCCUCUAGAGCCUCCGGUGAAGAAAAAGCGAGGUCCAAAACCAAAACCAAAACAGCCCCAGCCUGAAACUCCCCAUUCUGACCAGGCCAACCAGCCUCCAUUAGUCAAACCCAAGGAGAUGGGUGUCCGAGGGCCCAAGAGAAGGCUAAAGAGAGGCAGGCACAUCAAGGCCUCUCUGAUCACUGUGCUGACCAAAGAUAACCCUCCUCCCACGAUGGCUGACGGUGAUGUGGUUAGUGAAAUGCCCAGUGUCCCUUCUCAGUGUCCCACUAAAACCAAGUACCUCCCCCCGCGCAAAGGCAGGGGUCUGAAAUACGAGGCCAUGGUUCAGAAAAUAAACUCGGGCACCGGUUCGAAGAAACACCCGCCAACACCACAGCCCGAGAGCACAGAGGCGACAGUAGAUGAAGUGACGUCAAAGCCUGUGUCGCUGCCCGUCUCGGAGGAGAGCGAGGCCCCAGUGGCGGCGGUGAGCGCCCCUGAUGUGUCACGGGAGGAGUUAGCAAGAGACGUGGGGAGCUCCACGGGGGCCCAGAACACAGAACAGGAGAGAAGGGUGCAGCAGAACACCGGGGAGGGGGUGCAGCCGGAGCCACUCCCAUCAGGGGUGCCAGACGCUGCAGCGGCGAGCGGCGCCAACAAACCCACCAGGACCAAGAGGAGGAAAUGGGCCAUGGUAGAGAGCACGGACGCCACGGUGGUCGCCAUGGAGACGGGGAGCCUGAUCAUCAACACGCCGCGGCUGGCCAAGCAGAGGGCCAUCAAGAACAACCACGAGAUGCACCUGAAACAGAGGAGGAGGAAGAGGAAAGGAGGACAGCCUUCAGAGGGGCCUGUGGCUGACGAGGAGGUAGAGACAACAACAGCAGAACAGCAGACAGAGACACCCACUGACAUAGCGUUAACAACAACGCCCGCUCUACCAGCCGGCCCAGGUGAGAUCACAGACAGCCUGCAGGUGAUCGCCACAGAAAUGAUCCAGCCGCCUCCCUCCAAACGAGGGAGGAAGCCCUCUUCAUCCCCCUCCAAAAAGAGAGGGAGAGCACCAGGUGAACAGCAGAGCAGCAAACCUCUGAGGGUUCACAAAAAACCUGGUCCUAAAAAGGGAAUCAAAGACGCCAUGGAGGUGAUUGAAGCGGUGGUAAAGGCUGCAGGGAGGGAGGCCAGACUCAAGAAGAAGAAAUGGAAAAAGGAAAGUCCUGCAGUGUCAGAGGAAAAGCAGCCAGAGCCCUCUCUCAAACAGGUACUGAGUAAGACUCCUGAAAGCAGAAUCAAACACUCCUUCUGUCCAUAUGUGCGUAUGGACAGCUCCGGAGACUUCACCUCUCUCUGUACCAUCGUCAACAGGCGCGAUGAAGAGCUGAAGAUGGUGCUUCAGAAUCUCCGGAAAAAGAGCCCGGACAAAAUUAAAAACCCAGUCACAGUUGCCAAGGCGAUACCCAGCUCCUCAGCUAUGCUCCAGGGGCCCUUGGUUAACAAAACGUUAAUUGACAGGUGUCUAACGUGUUGCCUGUGUGGAAAGCCAGCAAAUUACCGUGAGCUGGGGGAUUUGUGUGGGCCCUACUUCCCAGAGGAUAGCAUCCCCCGCAAAAUCCUGUCAGCAAGACAUAUAGAAACCCCGAGGGAAAACCGAGAGAAAAUAAGCUCCAACAGUAGCAUCAGGGAACCAAGCAGCAGCACCCCAACAAGCGAAGGAGACCCCGGCUUCAAAAGGAAGUUAGUAAAAAGGUGGAUAUGGAGACAGUCACAAAGCAGGGCAGUAGUAGUAGUGGUGGGAGUCACCAUCAUCAGCCCCACCCCCACCAUUGGCGCCCCAGGAGGGCAGAGAGGGCACCGGCGGAGGGCGGAAGCACGCACCGGCCCACCCUACGGGAUCGGUUCAGGAGGAUGCAGAAGCUCCAGGGGGAGAGGAGGGCUGCGGAGGCCACAGCUGGUGGUCAGGAAGGGGGCAAUGGAGGAGGAGGCCUCCUCCAGAGACUGCAGGGGGAGGCUGAGGCUAAGGAACACUGGGCCCAUGAGAACUGUGCUAUCUGGACCAAUGGGAUCAUCAUGGUGGCAGGGAGGCUGUACGGCCUGAAAGAGGCUGUUCACACCUCCACAGAAACGAGCUGUUCCAAGUGCCAGAGAGUGGGCGCGUCCAUCAGCUGCUGCUGGAAAGGCUGCCCUCAUAAAUACCACUACAUCUGCGCCAAGGAGAUAGGCUGCAUGUUCCAAGACGACAACUUUUCACUGAAAUGUCCGAAACACGAGGCUUUGUAAAAUAGAGCACUACCCAGCCCCAGUGAGCAUCACCUAUGCAGUAUGACAGACAGACAGACAGAUAGGACAUCCCCCCCACCCAAACCUGAUGAUGAGGAGUCAUGAUGAGACGUCAUGACGGACAGACGCAUCAGCCAAUGGGGACGGCUGGGGAUCCUCUGAGGCACCACCGAUGGCAGCAAUACAGACACAAGACAGCAGGUCCCUCAGAGCAACCCCCGUAACCCCUGGCAACGGCACUGCUUUAUCUCAGCCACCCCUGAUAACCAGACAGAGAGACAGAGAGAGGGACUGCAUUGUCUGUCUAACAGACAGUCUCCUUCACGGACAGACGGACUGCGGUGUUUUGAGAGAGUCUUUCACAGCCCUGUCUGUCUGUGUCUGGAGUCUAGACACCUGGCAGCCAUGGUUACUUAGAGACCACCCCUCCAGAGAGAGAGGGGGGGAGAGAUGGGGAGAGAGAGAGAGAGAGGGGGGGAGAGAUGGGGGGAGACAGGGAGCGGUUUUAAAUUCACGCUGCACUGUUCUGCCUCUGGAACGGUCGCUAUCAUUUUUGGACACCUGGUGGAUUGCGAUUGGCCAGAAUAGGCCCCCUCCGGCUCUGCUGUCCGAGUUCCAGGUCGCGGUGUGUGUGUGACAUCAACUGUGUGUGUGUGACAUGGACUGUGUGUGUGUGUGCUUGUACAAGGAAGGGAACGAGCGUGUUCCAAUUCAAGAUGUCAUGCGUCAAAAGAAGCCGCCCCUCCCCUGGAUGUAUCUCAAUGUGCGCUUAAGUGUUAUAAAAAUGUACAUUGCGUGUUUUAACAGAUUCUAAAUAUGAUUCUGAUAUCGACAGAAAGAAAAAAUGACUGAAUAUAACGCUCUUCUUCCGGUAUGUAUUUUGAUGUGCAUAUUACGGCUAUACGACACCAUUGAGUCAGCGUUGGUAUCUGUCCCGCUUUGUGUUCAAUUAAACAUUUUUAUAAAAAUAAAGGUUUCAAUAUUCACACUAGCGUACUACUUUAGAAUGCAUGCCUUAUACAUUGCUUCAUUCUAAGUGGGUAGUGUGCUAAUUUGGAUAUUGGGGGGGGGUCAAAACUCUGGAGGUCACCGAGUCGAAGUUCAGACGUGUGCUCAUACAACAUGAUGUACAGUAGACGCCACAUCAUCACCAUAAAGGUUAAAGGUCAGGGCAUAGGGCCCGGCCGGCAUCAUCUCACACGUCGUCAUCUCAUCUCACCACAGUUCUUCAUCAAUAUCUCUGUCCAUCAUCUCCAUCACCAAAGGCUGCUGUCUCCAUAAAAAUGAACAAGUAUUCGACUCCAAUAGAUUCUUAGUCCUACACGACUUGAGUUCUCAGCACCAUAGAGCUGAAUCAACCGUACAGAGACUCAAAUAUGUCAUAAUAUGGACACCGUACAGUAACACAGUCCUCCCCAUUAAAUGGGGAACCGUGACUGUUGUACAGUGUCCGUAUUCGGACUGUUUCAGUUUUCUGACUCCACAUCAAGUGUCUCUCUCAUUCCUUUCUCUGUAUGUGGCACUCACAGUAGCGUAGCCUGUUCCCCUUACUGCAGCAUUCUCACACACACAGACAGCCUCUUUAGGGUGUAGUGUACAGUACUUCAGUACUACUUUAGGAUGUAGUGUACAGUACUUCAGUACUACUUUAGGGUGUAGUGUACAGUACUUUAGUACUUCAUAUCAGUGGACACAUACAGUAUUAGGGCGUACAGUACAGACAAGAGCAAAGCAUCACACCACAAACCUCUUCUUCUUCUGAUUCUUGAUUAUGAUGCUCUCAUUAUUUAAUGGUGUAUAUAAGUAUUUGACGCUGUUUAACUGUAAGAUGUGAUGUACUAAUAUAAUUGUGUAUAGUAUUUCCUAGAGAUGUUUAUUUUCUAUAAAAUGAAUAUGUUAUUGCUUAUAAAAAUGUUAUUAAAAGAAUCCAUUCAGAAAAGAGACUUUUGGGAAUGUCACUCGUUCUAAGUUGAGCAUGCAGUGUUUUUUAUUGUUCAUGUUUUCAUUGUUUGAAUCGAUGACACUACAGCAUCAAUUUGUGUGAAAUGUUUUUGUAACGCCAAUGUCAAAUAUACCAGCACCUUUCAACGCUG